CCCACGUGCCAUCGGUGCGUACCGUACGCCUUCCAGCGCAGCACUUGUGCGGCACACCUCCUCACCUCCGCGUUGUCCCAAGCGCCACGGCGAAUGUCUACGUUAGAAAACUCUCGCCAAAUAUAAAGAUCGAGCUCAAGGAGAGACCGAGGAGGGAUUUGACGACAGAUUUCUCGAGAGGAGAAGCUUCCAUUGCCAGAUCCCUCCCGCUUCCGCCCCCGUUGUUCCAUUCGAGCCGACCGUUUCCACCAACGCUUCCUCCUCCUCGGAGCGACCCACCCGCCGCGCUCGGCCGACAUGUGGGCCCCGGCGGCCUCGCCGGCGGGCAGGGCGCCCCGACCGCCGCCGCGGUUGCCGGCGGUGGUACGGGUCGUCGUCCCGCUGCCUGUCGCGGCGAGGGUGCGGGGGCUGCCGAUGCCGCCCAGUCGGCUCUGCCUAGCCGCGCCGCGUGCAUCGGAAAUGGCAGCCGCGGCCGAGGACGGGGAGGGGGAGGGGGAGAGGAGGUGGUGGAGGGGCGCGGAGGAGAUGGACGCGGCUGUGAGGCGCGAGCUGGCGAUCCGGAGGCUGCAGCAGGAAGCGGAGGAGGCGGGGACGGGGAGGAGCAGGCGGGAGUUCGCCGUGUUCGAGACGGCCAGGGGAGACACGCUCUUCACGCAGUCGUGGACUCCCGCCUCCGCCGACCCCGUCAGGGGUAUUGUUGUUCUGCUACAUGGUCUAAAUGAGCAUAGUGGAAGAUACGACCAUUUUGCAAAGUUGUUGAAUGAUCAAGGUCUUAAAGUUUAUGCGAUGGAUUGGAUAGGACAUGGCGGAAGUGAUGGCGCGCAUGGUUAUGUUUCAUCGCUUGAUCAUGCUGUUGGUGACUUGAAAGAAUUUUUAGAGGAUGUUGUGUUAGAAGAAAACUAUGGUUUGCCAUGCUUCUUAUUUGGCCACUCCACAGGUGGAGCUAUUGUUUUGAAGGCAGCACUAGAUCCUUGUGUGGAAGUUCAUAUAGAAGGUUUGAUCUUGACCUCGCCAGCUAUUCACGUUCAGCCAUCUCAUCCGAUUAUCAAAGUUGUUGCACCAAUCUUCUCGGUGUUGGCUCCGAAAUACCGGGUUAGUGCUUUGCAUAAGAGAGGGCCUCCUGUUUCCCGUGAUCCAGAGGCUCUGAAGAUCAAGUAUGCAGAUCCACUUGUGUAUACUGGACCGAUUAGAGUUAGAACAGGCAACGAAAUCCUCCGGAUAUCAUCAUACUUGCAGAGAAACUUAAGUAGAGUUACAGUCCCUUUUCUAGUUCUUCAUGGGACAGCUGACACGAUAACUGACCCAAGAGCAUCCCAACGACUUUACCAAGCAUCAAUGUCGACUCAUAAAUCAAUCAAGCUAUAUGACGGAUAUUUACACGACCUUCUCUUCGAGCCUGAAAGGGAUGAUAUAGCCAAUGACAUCAUCACUUGGUUGAGCUCAAGACUUAAUGCUCUCCACAGAUGGUAAGGUAGUGUUGUUCACAAAUUUUUACCUAAACUAUUAUCAGAAGAUAUCUGUAUGAGGUUUGAGGUACCCCCUCUAUUCCACAACAGCAUGCAUUGUUUCCUUUGAAAUUUUGGUUUAUACAUCAUUUGUUUGUGUACAUGUUGUUCGAUGGGUUCUGAAACAGAUACAGAUUCAGCUCAUUUCCAGUAAAUGAUAAUAUAGGAAUACUACAACUGGAACUUGUAACAUUAAAAAAUGUGUAGUUCAGUGUCCAUCUUUUCAUCAGUUAUGCUAGUAUUAAUAGAAAGUCGGACAAUAUAUUGAACUGCUCUUGACCAGUUAUUGAAUGAUAUACACUAAUUUAUACUAUGAAACAGAUACAGUUCAUGUUGGUUACAGUUCAGCUCAUCUCCAAUAAAUUAUAGUACUUAAUAUAGAAAUACUGCAACUGCAACUUAACAGAAAAAAAGGUGCAGUUCAGUGUCCAUCUUGUCAUCAGUUGUGGUAUUGUAAAAAGGUGUAUCAAUUUGCAAAUAUAUAGGACUGCUCUUGACAAGUUAUUGAUGAUAUACACAAUUUAUAUGAAGUGGAUAUUCACAUAGUGCCGUUGUGGCAAGCAUUAUGCACCAGAUUUGUUUUUUACCAGUAGAGAGAUUUGUUUUCCUGUGGUGGUAUUGGUUUGUUUUGCUAUCCCUCUGUGCUGAAGUUUUCGUGGUAUGGUUGUGUAACAAGUACCAAUUAGGCGCAUACAGUGAAUUAAUGUUCAGAAAAGCUGCAAUCUAUCAAGUGUUAUUUGAUAUUUACAGAAGGCAGACAUUUCUCUUUGUCACUGACCACAGAAACCCUGACCCCUUGUUUGCAUAUACACAAAAAUAUAUACUCCUAGUUCUUAUCCAUUUUAUGGAAUGCAUCUAGUGACAGUUGAACAAGCAGACAUCUCCUUUGCUGAACUUUGAUUUCUCAAUAUUACUGAAGUUAUGGUGGGUUUCCUACCAUCAUCGUAAGAGAGAAGACACCUUGUAUCUAGCUCAGACCUGAUCAUGUUUUCGGAGCUGAACAACAUAAGUUAUUAUGGGAUUAUGCUACUCAAAUUAUGUACGCAAGCUGACCUGUAGAGUGUAGAUAACCUCUGAGUCGCGUGCUCGUGGCUCUUCGAUCUUCAUCGUCAUAGUCUCUGGCACAUGUGAUCCUAUCAGACGGACAUCAUCUUCAAGUUGACCAUGCUACUCAAGUGAGCUGGUACCAGUCCGUUCUUUGUCAAGAUCUCAUCAAGGUUGCUUGCACAAUUAUUUACUGUGUCAUUUAUCUAAAUAUCUGUAUUGUGUGCUUAUAAUAUUGACUUAUCAUAAAAUCUCCCUCUGUUCCAAAAUACUUUAAGUUCAAAGUUUGUCCUAAGUCAAACUUCUUUAACUUUGAUCAAGUCUACAGAAAACUAUACAAACAUUUACAACACCACAUUAGUUCAUUAGAUUAACCAUAAAAUAUAUUUUCAUACUACUAUAUGUGUUUGAUGUUGUAGGUAUUAGCAAAAUUUCAUGUACACUUGGUCAAACUUAAAGAAGUUUGACUUAGGACAGACCUAGAACAUCUAGUAUUUUGGAACGGAGGGGUUAUUUUAUUGGCAACUCUUUACUUUACGUGUUUAGUAGUUCCAUGUCCAAUAUUUAUUUUAAAACCUUAUAUACUUAGAACUGGUGGUACGCCAGACAUAUUGUAUGCUUUUCUUGUUCUUGUUUAUAGAUAAAAGGCGUAUACCUGUUUAUCAGUAGUAUACCUGUUUAUCAGUAGUAUACCAGAAAAUUGAAGUAACAUGUUAUUGAGUUUUAUGGCACUAUGAUGAUUGAUAUUGAUAAACUGCCAUUGAAAAUCGAUAUGUAUGAUGUUUUUCAGUCGAACUCUUAAAAUAUGAAUUUUUCAUGGUGGUUGAAAUGUUUGUAAUCAUAUUAUAAGUUAAGUAACAGUACCCAAAUAAGUUUCUCGUUCACACCACUGUUAGUGAUUGAAUUCAAUAUUAUUUUUUAUAACGGGUCAUUGUGAAUGAUUGACUAAUUCACAUUAUUCUAUUAUUUGCAUGCAUACAGUUUCCAAAAAACUAUCACAUGUUCAUCUAGCCCACUAGCCUUCUACUAGUACUGACAGUAUGCAACUGGAGACUCGCUGGGAACCACCACCGUCCAUUUACUAGGAUCAGGAUGAUGAUACAUGUGGGCAUGUGGUUACAAACCUGCUUUUAGAUUCCCACAGCUGUGCGCGACUGCAUUCCAAUGUGUAGUUAGGUACUUAGGUCUCAUAGAAAUGCACGAACACAAUUUUUCCUCUUCUGGUUCGGGACCAUCCUACUCCUGCCUUGGUUUUCCUCGGUGCAAAAAGAACGAUGAUGGUUUCAUGAGAAUGGUGCCUUGUCCGAUGAAGAAACAUGGGACAAGCUAGUAGCCUCCAAUUUGGUUGUUCGGGAAAAUGGACGAUGGGCAUUAGUCUUGCCUAGAGGUGCUUGCUUGUCUCUUUUGAUGUCCCUUUUUUUAUUCUUUUAUUGCUCUUUUGUGAUUCUUUUGUCAAAUCACCAACUUGUAGCGUCUCCAUGACCACUAGAACUAAAAUAUACAACAUGAGUUUUUCUGUUCAUUUUAUCUCUAGUACCUGGCCCAUGAAUUCACCAUUAGUAAUUGUUUUUCUCCUCUGUGAAGAAUUCACUAUUGGUAAUUGUUUUUCUCCUCUGUGAAGAGGAGCCCAUGAAUUCACUGUUGGUAAUUGUUUUUCUACUCUGUGAAGAGGAGCCCAUGAAUUCACUAUUAGUACUCCCUCCGUUCCAUAUUAGUUGUCGCUGAAACGGAUGUAUCUAGACGUAUUUCAGUGCUAGAUACAUCCGUUUGAGCGACAACUAAUAUGGAACGGAGGGAGUAAUUGUUUUUCUCCUCUGUGAAGAGCCCAACCUGAUAAGUAUCAAAUGUAAUAAUAUCUUCCACUUGGAAUUCAGGCAGAGGAUCUAUCCACACCAUGGCACAAAGCUG